CUUGAGCUCUGGGCUCCCGGCCUGGCCAAUCGCAAGAUUUGUUUUUGGACGGACAAUAUGAGUGUGGUGCAUUGCAUUAACAGGUUAUCUUCCUCCUCCCUUCCUGUUUUGGCUUUGCUGAGACAUUUGGUGUAUUUGUGCUUAGCCCAUAACAUUUGGUUUCGUGCUAGGCACGUUCCAGGGAAGGUCAACUCCAUUGCUGAUGCUCUUUCUCGUUUUCAGUGGUCCAGGUUUCGACUGCUGGCUCCCGAGGCGGACGAGGAGGGUACGGAAUGCCCAGCUUCCCUGUGGCCCCUGGUGGAGACGAAUUUAUGAGUUUGAUACAGGCAUCGGUUACGGCAGCGACAUGGAAGGGUUACGACGGAUCAUCUCCUGUGGUGCUUCUGGUGGGGCACUCAUACAUCUGUCGAGCGGCACUGCGUGCGGAGAAUCGUCCAGGGGGAAAAAACCUUGGUUUUUCCGGCACACGUGUGAUUUGGCGAGGCGUCAGUGGCAUGCGGUGGCUGCAAGUACUCCCUGAGGUGGUUCGCUUUAGCCGAGCUUAUGAUGGCCCGCUGGUACUGGUAAUUCACGCUGGGGGUAAUGAUUUGUGCCAAGUUCGGGUAGCUGAGCUUAUUUCUCUCAUAAAAUCUGAUAUGGUUCGUUUCCCCCCAUUUUUUAUGGAUUUGGUUAUAGUUUGGUCUGAGUUGGUGCCCAGGUUGGCGUGGAGGGGUGCCCGCAAUGUUGCUGCAGUUGAUAGAUCCCGCACCCUGCUUAAUCAAAGAAUCUCGCGUUUUGUGCGUAGCCAGGGCUGGGUGGUGGUUCGGCACCGGCAAUUGGAAACGGAUACCCCCUUGUUAGCUGACGGGGUUCACCUUAAUGAGGCCGGUCUAGAUAUAUUUUUGUCGGGCUUGCGCGAUGGUGUAGGGAGAGCCAUUUCUCUUCUGGGUGGAGGUCGGAGUUCGGUGUAGGAUUACACGAACUCCUAGUGGCGGUUAUUGAUCCUUUGCCUGUAUUCGGCCUAGUAUAAAAGGCGACACCACAUGCCCACUGCACACAGUGGCCGGCAUUCGGGGUAAGAUAUAUAAGGUCAUAUACUUGACAGUUAACGAGAUACGUUUUGAAAUGGCAAGGAUCGGGAAUUAAAUAAAUAUAUACAGUAUAAAUAAAGCUGUGGCCGACUUUCACCCACUAUUCUGUUUCAGUGUGUUUUAUUCAUAAAUUAGCAUUAAAGGGCUUAUCCCUAGCUGGGGAAUAAAGGUUAAGUUCCAUAGGCUUAAACAUCUU